ACAUGUGUUUACGUUUACAAAAGUAGGUACCUACCCAAUAAAUCCUGGCUUCUCGCUUGCAAUGAAAAGUGAUUUGUAAUUUGGGUAGUUUUUUAUUGGUAUCAGCGCAAUGUAGGUUAUUUAACCUAAAGAAAUUGCAGAUCAGAAGUAAAGCAACGUAGCAGAUAGUGAUCUAUGUCUAAAAUUCCUGAAAAGUGCUCAAAAUGGCUUCCAAAAUACAGAACGUAAGCGCUCCGCGGGAGCCUGCUCCCGUGAUGAGCACUAGCUCGACCAUCCUCAAUAUGAGGGAAAAAGAGAAGUACAUAGAAGAGUUCGAGUUCCCCUUUUGCGAUGAGUCUUCUAAAUAUGAAAAAGUCGCUAAAAUUGGCCAAGGAACCUUUGGAGAGGUGUUCAAAGCGCGCGCUAGGAAUAGCAGCAAAAAAUUUGUUGCUAUGAAAAAAGUUUUAAUGGACAAUGAAAAAGAAGGUUUUCCCAUCACAGCGUUGCGUGAAAUCAAGAUAUUGCAGUUGUUAAAGCACGAAAACGUUGUGAAUUUGAUCGAAAUAUGCAGGACGAAAGCCACUUUGCAUAACAAGUACAGAUCGACUUUUUAUUUAGUUUUCGACUUUUGUGAGCACGAUUUGGCCGGGUUAUUGUCCAAUGUUAACGUGAAAUUCAGUUUGGGAGAAAUUAAAAGAGUGAUGCAACAGCUAUUGAACGGUUUAUACUACAUACACAGCAAUAAAAUUCUGCACAGGGAUAUGAAAGCUGCCAAUGUGCUGAUUACCAAGAACGGCGUGUUGAAGCUGGCUGAUUUUGGUUUAGCGCGGGCUUUCAGCGUUGCUAAGUCCGGGCAAGCCAAUAAAUACACCAACAGAGUGGUAACUUUGUGGUAUAGGCCUCCGGAACUGUUAUUAGGCGAUCGAAAUUAUGGGCCUCCUGUGGACAUGUGGGGAGCUGGGUGCAUCAUGGCAGAGAUGUGGACUCGGUCACCCAUCAUGCAGGGUCCCACAGAGCAGCAACAACUAAUUCUCAUAUCGCAGCUGUGUGGCUCGUGCACUCCAGACGUGUGGCCCGGAGUGGAGAGCCUCGACUUGUACAAUAAGAUGGAACUUCCAAAAGGACAGAAGAGGAAAGUAAAGGAGCGGCUUAAACCCUAUGUCAAGGAUCCAUAUGGCUGCGAUUUAUUAGAUAAAUUGCUACAACUCGACCCUGCAAAGAGGUAUGACGCAGACACAGCUUUGAACCAUGACUUCUUCUGGACGGACCCCAUGCCCUGUGACCUGGCUAGCAUGCUUGCUCAACAUACGCAGAGCAUGUUUGAGUAUCUCGCACCACCUCGCAGGCCGGGUCACCUGCGGCACCACCACCAUGUGCCCGGAGUGCAGCCCAAGCCUGCACAGCCUACACAGGACUCGGGUUACCAGGACAGGGUGUUCUAGAGUGCCUACCCCUCCUCGCAGGCCAGGCCAGCUGUGCCACUACCAUCAUCCCAGAGAUUGGACAAAGCCUGCACAGUCUACACAGGACUCUGGCUACAAGGCCUGGUUCUAGAGCCCAUCCAUGCAGACCACUUAUGGCACAGAGGUUAGCCCGGGCCUGUACAGCCUUCAAGGUCAGGCUGUUCUAGAGCACCUGCCUUACCCUCGGCAACCGCCUGUGACACCACUAUCUUGUGUCCAAGACCACAAAGUACUGAGUUUCAUACUAAUAUCUUGAUGUAUAUGAUAAUGUCUGUAUUGUCUUAAUGUAUGUCUGUAUGUCUAUUCAAAAUUCUACAAGAAAAUUUUAGAUGAGGAUUGUUAAAAGAAUGAUUAUAUAAAUAUAUAGAUAUAAAUGAAACUA